AUUAUCAUGAGUGCCUUGCUUCCCAACCAAACCAUUCAACCAUCGUAUUGACAAUUCCUAUCAAACUCUUUUGAGGCAAAAUCCGCAUUGAGGUAAUACUUUAAUUCCCAAAAGCUGUAUAAGUAUGGCUUCUCCAUGGGCUAUGUCUUCUCAAGGCAAAAGGAGAGGCAAUCUCGUCAGACUUCUGCAACCCAAGAAACCCGUUUAGAGUUAUUUGAGAAUAUGGAGGAUGGUGGAGAGGUUGCUCGAGGAGCUAUCACGAAGAAGGUGGCGAGUCCCGGGAAAGCUACAAUCUUGGCCCUGGGGAAGGCAUUCCCGAACCAACUGGUGAUGCAGGAAUUUCUGGUCGAUGGGUACUUCAAGAACACCAACUGUGAUGAUCCUGAACUCAGGCAGAAGCUGACUAGACUUUGCAAGACAACAACAGUCAAGACCAGGUAUGUGGUGAUGUGCGAAGAGAUCCUGAACAAGUACCCGGAGCUUGCCGUCGAAGGCCUUCCCACGGUGAAGCAGAGAUUAGACAUCUGCAACAAUGCAGUGACCAAGAUGGCCAUCGAAGCCUCCCGUUCUUGCAUCGAGAAAUGGGGCCGUCCUGUCUCCGACAUAACCCACUUGGUCUAUGUCUCCUCCAGCGAAGCCCGUUUGCCAGGAGGGGACCUUUACCUUGCAAGAGGUCUGGGUCUCCGCCCGGAGACUCGCCGGGUCAUGCUCUACUUCAUGGGCUGCUCAGGUGGUGUCGCAGGCCUCAGGGUCGCAAAGGACAUAGCUGAGAACAACCCAGGGAGCCGGGUUCUGCUUGCCACUUCUGAGACCACCAUCAUCGGUUUCAAGCCCCCUAGUGCAGACAGGCCCUACGACCUUGUUGGGGUCGCCUUGUUUGGGGAUGGCGCAGGGGCAGUGAUCAUCGGCGCAGACCCUGACUCAAGCAUUGAGCAGCCUCUGUUCGAGCUGAACAGUAGCAGCCAACAUUUCUUGCCCGACACAGAGAAGACCAUUGAUGGGAGGUUCACGGAGGAGGGCAUCAGCUUUAAGCUGGCAAGGGAGCUCCCCCAGAUCAUCGAGGACAACAUCGAGGGAUUCUGCAAAGAGCUUAUGGGGAUCACCGGGAAUUCUGGCAAUGACUACAACAAGGUGUUCUGGGCGGUCCACCCAGGUGGGCCUGCAAUCCUGAACCGACUGGAGAAGCGGCUUGAACUGCUCCCGUAUAAGCUGAACGCGAGCAGGCGUGCCCUGAUGGAUUAUGGAAAUGCAAGUAGCAACACGAUCGUGUACGUUCUCGAGUACAUGUUGGAAGAGGGUCUGAAGAUGAAAGGGGAAGAGAGACUAGAAAAUGAGUGGGGACUGAUUCUGGCUUUCGGGCCUGGUAUUACCCUUGAGGGUAUUCUUGCAAGAAACCUCACCGUCUGAGAGUAAAAUUGAUGAUUCCAGAUCGACUAGUUCGAUUGGAUACCAGAGGCUGAACUCCGAUUGUCUUCGGGUUUGAUUAUGUCGCCA